GCAGACGCUUUUCCGUUACACGUAGUGGCAUAAUAUCACAGUCCCUCUCGAUUUCACAAAGUUGGCAUACAGAAAGCAGAGCAAUAAUGCCACCAAAAAAUGCCAAGCCCAACUUAAGCCAUUCCCAGGUAUCUGAGAUUGUGAAGAGGCUCUACCGGCUGACUGCAUCAGUGAUUCAGUCUCUGCCCAGUUAUGAUGACCAGAACUUCUAUGUGGCGCCCAGUGAGGGUGGCGAGUAUAUCCUAAAGAUAAUGAACUCAGAGGACAGCAAGAAUACCUUGCUGAUUGAGGUGCAGACAUACACCAUGUCCUUCCUACAACAGAAUGGAAUUCCUGCUCAAACCGCGCUGCCCAACACCUCAGGAGAGCGAAUGAGUCUGGAGGAAAUUGAUUGUGGUUUUGGCAGUCAGAAGUACCUGGUGAGACUGUUGACCUAUUUGCCUGGGACAACCAUCUCCAAGGUUCCUUUAACUCCACAGCUGCUGUAUGAAAUGGGGAAAACUGCAGCUAAAAUAGACACAGUCAUUAAAAAGAUGAAACACCCUCAUCUUCACGUGCUGGAGAGAGAGGGGUUCAAAUGGAGUCUGUCAAAUGUUGCUCUCCUGGAAGAUUACCUCUACGUGUUAGACGGAGAGCCUCUGCUGGAGGUUGUGAAGUCUGUAAUCCAAGGGUACAAGAGCUCUGUGGAUCCCAAACGCUCUAGUUUUCGCAAAUGCGUUAACCAUGGCGACUUCAAUGACCUCAAUGUCCUGGUACAGCCUAAUGAUAAAGAAGGCUAUAGGAUCACCGGUAUUCUGGACUUUGGCGACAUGAAUAGUGGCUACUACAUCCAUGAGCUUGCAAUCACCGUCAUGUACAUGAUGAUUGAGCACCCUAAACCCAUCGAGGUGGGUGGACCCGUCCUUGCUGGCUGGGAAAGCGUCCUUCCUCUCAAUGAGGUGGAGAAAGAUUGUCUAUAUUUGCUGGUGCUGUCCCGCUUUUGCCAGUCCUUAGUUUUAGGUCGUUACUCUCUGACCUUGCAGCCAGAAAAUGAAGAGUAUCUGAUGAUUUCAUCCAGAAAGGGUGUUAACAUUCUCCAGCAGCUCUGGGAGUUAGGAAAGGAGCAGGUGGAGAAGCUGUGGUUUGAGACUGCUGCUCAGCUCAGUGACAAAAGUGAAAGACAGGAACAAACUCGUUCAUGAAGGCAGUGACUCCACCGAGCGACAAUUUGUCCACAAAAACGAAGAUUGUGUUUCCACAGUUAAAACAGUUUAUAUCUUUUAAACUUGUUUUAUUUCAGACAGAACAACAAGGAACGUCAAAGUGUUUCAAUAAAGCUAGAGGAGUAUAUAAUGUGUCUGAGAAGAAAUUUAGAUACUGUUGUGGAAUAAGGAAAUAUUUUACUGCUACUCAUAUUCAUCAUUAUUACCAUUGCAUUAAUCAAAUCAAUCAUCAUUUCAGUAAAACAUUUAUUGAAGCUGUUGCCAUUACAUUAACCUUUUUACUACAGGUACAGCUAAGACCAUUUUAUACACAUUGCAUCUUGUGCUUAUUAAGAAGUGUAUUCUGCUCAGUCAAUCGAAGGUCUCAAGCUUUGUUUGGUGCAAUGUCCAGACAAUCUAUUGUAAAAGUGACUUGGAGCAACAGAAGGUUAAAACUGCGUACACGCUCACAAAACACAUAUAAUACAUAUAAUCUAGAAACAGGCUUGAGUGAAGGCCUGAAUGUAUCCGGCUUCUUGUUGCAUCUGAGUUUGCUUAGUAACAGGUGACAAAAGAUGGGCCAAAAAGGAGGACAUCAACAUCAGAGCCUGAAUCCAUCGCCAUAUUUGGAGAAGAUGCUAGAGAGGGGAACUUCAGUGUCUGCAUUUAUCUCUUAAGAUUGCUCAUUGUCUAUAAAACAUGCAAAUGAUGUUCUUAAAAUACAAAGUAUGUUCUUGUACAACGCGAGAAGGGGCGUUAACCAACCCUGACGUUAUAAAAGCAAUCUGAAGUAUA